UCAAAUGGAAUGGGGCGAUUGAUACUGUACCCGUCCCAGGUCGAGACGGGUCGAAGUCCGCGGGUACUGGGUUUAAUGGGUUUAACUCAUCCCCUUUCUUAAACGUCAAGUCGGCAUCGCCGAUGUAACGCGGGCACAGAAAUGCUGCAACUGGCCGCAUCAUUCCAUCCCAGCCUUAUUCAACCUCGCCUCUCACCGGAAUUCCAUCGCCGACACUCUCUCCAGCAAACUUCAAACGCAAAAGAAUUAACCCUACUCCACGCUCAACCCAUUUUCACUUCAACAACCCUUUCCAACAACAAUCAGAGCAGUAUCUAUAACAAUGAAAAACUCGUUAAGAAGGCUCUCUUUUCUUACAAUACCAUUAUCAAAUGCUUCCUUCAAAACCGUCGCUCUCAGGAUGCUCUUGUGGUUUUUGUGGAUUUGCUUUGUUGUCCGGGGAUGUUGCCAGACGAGUUCACGUUACCGUGUGUGAUCAAGGCGUGUGCGAAUCUAAGGACUAUUAAGGAAGGGAAAAUGAUUCAUGGGUUGGCGUUGAAACUCGGUUUUGGGUCUGGUUCGGGUGUUCAUGUGGAGAGUAGUUUGGUGAGUUUGUAUUCAAAAUGUGGUGAUAUUGAUUCUGCACGGAAAGUUUUUGAUAAAAUGCUUGUGAAGGAUUUGGUUUCAUGGAAUGUGUUGUUGGAUGGUUACGUAAAGUGUGGUGGGGAGAAUAUUGAGGUUAUUCUGAGACUGUUUGAUGAGAUGCCCGAAAAGGAUGCCUUCUCAUGUACUGUGUUGAUUGAUGGGUUGGCCAAGAGUGGAAGAGUUGACGAAGCAAGAGAGGUGUUUGAUAGUAUGUUGGAUAAGAAUGUGGCUUCAUGGAAUGCAAUGAUUUAUGGGUAUAUGAAGUAUGGAAACUAUAAACUCGCAGGUGAUUUGUUUGAUAGAAUGGACGAGAGAAAUAUAAUCACUUGGAAUUCGAUAAUUUCUGGGUAUGAAUUAAAUGGUAAGUUUCUGGAAGCUCUGCGAAUGUUUCAGGUGAUGUUGGAUAAGGGCCUCAAGGCUAAUGAUGUGACGAUAGUUAGUGUACUUUCUGCAAUUUCGAAGUUGGCUUCGCUUAGUAAAGGUAGGUGGGUGCAUUCGUAUAUGUCAAAAGCUGGGUAUAGAUUAGAUGGUGUACUUGGUAUAUCUUUGAUAGAAAUGUACUCCAAGUGUGGGAGCAUUGAGAGUGCUUUGAUGGUUUUUCGAGGAAUAUCCAAGAAGAAGCUGGGGCAUUGGACAGCCAUUAUUGUAGGAUUGGGGAUGCAUGGUAUGGCUCCUGAUGCAACUGACUUGUUUCUUGAAAUGCAAAGGAAUGGAAUUAAGCCUAAUGCCAUUACAUUUGUUGGAGUCUUGAAUGCUUGUAGUCAUGUGGGAAUGGUGGAUGAUGGUCGGCGUUAUUUUUCUAUGAUGAAAAAUGAGUAUGGAAUAGAACAAACUGUUGAGCACUAUGGUUGCUUGGUGGACAUUCUUUGUCGAGCUGGUCAUCUUGAUGAGGCAAAGAGUACCAUUGAAAAGAUGCCUAUGAAGCCAAGCAAGAUAAUAUGGAUGACUUUACUUAGCAGUGCAAGAAAUUAUAGAAACAUUGAUAUUGGUGAAUAUGCAGCAAAGAACUUGAUCGAGUUAGCUCCUGAAACUGUUCAGUGCUAUGUACUCCUUUCUAAUAUGUAUGCUGUUGCAGGACAGUGGGAAAAAGUUUCGCUGGUUAGAGAAAUGAUGAAGAGGAGAGGGUUUAAGAAAGAACCAGGGUGUAGUUCAAUUGAACACAAGGGUGUGCUUCAUGAAUUCAUGGUAGGAGACAAAUCCCAUCCUCAAUCUGAAUUGAUAUAUUCGAAAUUGAGUGAGAUGAAGAAUAAGUUGAGACUAGCGGGACAUGUUCCUGAUACGACUCAAGUAUUAUUAUUUGUUGAAGGGGAGAAAGAGAAACAAGCUGAACUGGAAAACCAUAGUGAGAGGUUGGCUAUCGCAUUCGGCCUUAUAAACGUUGACCGAAAAAAUCACAUUCGUGUGGUGAAGAACCUUAGAGUUUGUAACGACUGCCAUUCUGUGAUGAAGUUUCUGUCCAAGAUCUAUGAACGUGUAAUUAUUGUGAGAGAUAAUAGCAGGUUCCAUCAUUUCAAAAAUGGGUCAUGUUCAUGCAACGACUAUUGGUGAUUGAGAAUUAUGCUGUCUCACAUUAAGGUCUUGUUUCAGUUUGUUCAACUAAUAACAUGAUGGAGACCCAACCAUCACUCCCAAAAGCACAGGUUUGAGGGUGAUUGAAUCUCACAACUAUUAGGCCCUAACAAUACCCAAUGGCCCCAAAUCUGACGGCCACAGCGGCCCAAUCCAUGACCUUUGCUUUACGUGGCCGGCCAUUAUUUGACUGCCGGUAUUUGGCACUUAGUUUUGGUCGCCCCUUCCGGAAUUCGAACUUGUGGCUUGGGUCUACUCUGAUACCAAUUGAUGGAGACCCAACCAUCUCUCCCAAAAGCCCAGGCUUGAGGGUGAUUGAAUUCCACAACUAUUAGAUCCUAACAUGACAUUAGGAUUGUGUUUUAGCUAUACCCCCAAUUAGGAGAGCUAGUCUUUUGGCUGUACGCAAAAUCUUCACAUGGUGGAUGUAUGUCCUGAGAUACGGUCCAGUACAUUAUGCAAUUUCUCAGACCUUGGAGGAUUCAUGCUUGCGCCUUUUUCGUCCUUACAGCAUAACCAGUGUGUCAUUUUACUGAUUUCAGUUGAGACCCAUAUAUUAGGGAGGAUGAGCUUUUUUAGAAUGAGGGAAGGAAAGAUAGAAGCCUAUUAAUACUCCUGAUAAUGACGUUAUUCAAGAUGACUCCUAUGAGAGUUGACAACAACGGAUAAGCAUUUUCCCUAUGCCUAAAGCACCAAGACUGUAACAAUGAAAAUGGCUCCCUUUUUAGUGAGAUUAUAUGAGCAAAUGCCCGAACCUGCUCUUUUGACUUGUUCGUCUCGUCUUCCAGCUCAAACUAGCCAGGACUCCUAUUCCGGGUAGUGUUUUUUGAAGUCUUUUGAUCAUUUUUAUAAAAUGUUAGUAUUUUGUAACUGACGAGUCGAAAAAUUUGAACCGCCAGUUGAAUUAGUGACUCAUGUUCUUGGUUUAACGACUGUUUAAACAAGUAAUUAUCUUAAAUGGCUGCAGUUUAUUGACCAUUGCUGUCCCUUUUAACUUUGUUAUCUUCUACUAAGACUAUCCACCACCCUUUCUCACGUAAAAAGUUGUAGUGUUGAAGACUUUAAAUAAGUCAGUAGUAAAAUAUGUACGCCUGGAGGAAGGUGAAGGAAAUAAUGAUGAUAAAGAAGAAAAAAUUAUAGAGCUGUCAUCCAGAUCUUGAACAUUUUUCACGCCAAUACCCAGUCUGACAGCUUGACCCUAUUCUGACUUAUUCUUGAAGGGUCUAACAAAAGAACUUCUUAUGUUUGCCUAGUAAACAUGGAUUGAAAAUAGAUUAAAUCAAAUUUAACUAUUUAUUUUUUUCUCCCAAAAUAAGUUUUCAAUUUUUGAAUGUUAUCCGAUUUGCCAUAAAUUGGUUUCUAUAAGGUUUUUAUUCAUGUUUUGUAGAUUGAUAGGUCCCAGUUAGAAGCUGAUAUUCACACUGAAUUUAGAAUUCUCUUAGGGUGAGAACAGGGCCACAAUUUGCUGAAUUGAAUGCUUGAUUCUUUAUUGCAACUGAAAAUGUGGUUUAUAUAAGCAAAGCCUAACAAGCAUGUUCAACUUACGUGUAGAAAUAAAUGGCCUGGUACUUCCUAAGAAAUAGGUAACAGAGCAGUAAUGCAAAACAGAAUAAACGUGCAAACGGAAAUGUAAGACUGAAUGCUAAACAUAAUGCAAAUAAAUCUCUAGCGUUCUAGGCUUCAACAGGUCGUGGACUUGGCAUUCUUCUGUAGUCCUCUGCUUGACCUUCGUGAUUUAUCAUAGAUGCGUAGUGCAUUGAAAAUAAUGGAACUGGGAAACUCGUUGCAAGAAAUAAAACAUUACCUUGUGCUAGUGCAAUUUGGAAAGGCAUCCGAUUGGGGCUUUAUCCAAUUCACAUCCUGCAGUAUAGGUCAAUGGGGGAACUGAACUUUGUUACUUGAAAAAACUACGAACCCAAGAGUUAGCUUCCAUAGAUUUGUUUAUUUAGUUCAAUUUCUGCUAGUAAAGUUCAUUUUUUUCAUAUAAUGCAGUGUUUAGGUUCUGAAAGAAUAUUGUAGGUUACAUAGCGCAUUCCAAUUAAUUGGGGCCUUCUUAUUUAAAUCACAUAUGAAAAUUUUGAAGGUUGUAUCUUGUAUAAUUGAAGAUGAUGCUUUACAAUUAUAUGCUAACAAUUGUCUGUGUUAUUUAUAGGAUUCUGAACAUGCUAUCUUGUGAUUGGCUUGUUACUCUGUGAUUAUUGGUUCUUGGUUCAUAGUGUACUGUAAAUGGCAUUAUCAGUGUCUAUGAUGGGGAAAUAGCUUAUUCUUUUGUUUUUGUGUUUGUCGAAACUUACUUCAUUGCUGAAAUGCUUAUUUGAGCAAUGAUACAACUUUUACCUGACAAUUAAAGAAGAUUUAUAUUGUCCUAACAAUUUGGGGUGUGAUUCUUAAAAUAUGC